AUUCAUCUGGGUACUUUGCUGUACAGCACUGUCAAAGGCAGCAAACUGGAAUCCAGAUCUAGACGUAGAAGAGUAGCAGCUCCUGCCAAUGGUAAUCAAUACUAUCCAUCCGCCUCAGAAGAGGCAUGGCGCAUUCUAAGUCAGUCGAAAGGAAGGUUCAUCAGACCUCGCAAUGCAGUCGUGGGAGGCGUCAACAAGUGCGAGAUAGAUCAGUGCGAAAUGUUUGUUGGGUAUGGCGGAGAGCCGGAUGAGCAGGGCCAAACAACACUGGAUGCUAUGGUCAUGGAUGGAGCCACAAUGAAUGUAGGCGCUGUAGCUGGUCUAAACGACAUUAAUGAUGCUGUAUUGGCGGCCAGAUUUGUGCUGGAGCGCACAUCGCACACUUUCCUGGUGGGAAAAUGGGCUUCAGAUUUUGCCGAGCAAAUAGGGCUUAAACGUUACUCCACAUUGGCGACGCCCAAUACGACAGCCGAAUGGCAGCAGUGGAAGGAAAACAAUUGCCAGCGUAAUUUCUGGCAAGGUGUAACUCCGGAUCCGAAGCUCUCGUGCGGUCCCUACAAGCCGCUCACACACGUACAUGAGGAACGCAACCGAACUGAAUACAAUAUUGGGCCGGAUAAUCACGAUACCAUAGGAAUGGUAGCCAUAGAUGUAGACCACCAAAUGCAUACAGCUACAUCCACCAAUGGUUUAAAGUACAAGAUACACGGCCGUGUAGGUGACUCACCCAUAGCUGGAGCAGGCAGCUAUGCGGACAACGAAGCUGGUGCCGCUCUAUCAACUGGCGAUGGCGAUAUUAUGAUGCGUUUUCUGCCCUCGCUGCGGGCCGUAGACGCCAUGCGGGAGGGCAAGUCCCCGGCACAGGCAAUCGAGCAGGUCUUUCAACGUAUAUUAAAGCAUUACCCAAACUUUUUUGGUGCUCUAAUUACUGUUGAUCGGUUGGGGCAUUAUGCGGGUAUCUGUCACGGUGUUAAAACGUUUCCCUUCAUUGUCAGCAGCCCGAAGAGAGCAAUGCGACUGGAGAUUGAGAUUGAGAGAUUGAGAUUGAGGUGCCAUUGUAGAAAGAAACUCUGCAUGAUGAUUCACUGA